UGCCGAGGUGAUUCCCAAAGCCGGCGCUCGUCCCUCUCUAGGUCUCCCUCAGAACUUGCAAGUGAAUUCAAGGCGCGGAAGAAGCCCUACAGCGCGCUUGCUCGCCUUGGCCAUUACAAGCGGCACAUCAGCUCAGCUUUAAGCGGUUCGAAGGACAUUCUGCCCGGUGGUGCUAAGGCGCUGCUUGCUAUUUUCAACCGUCUUUUUUAAAACUCAUAUCAUAAUUAUUAAUUUCCUUUCUCUAACCGCGCGCGCUUCGUGCAGCAUGAAGGGAGCUAAGGCAUGUCUGGCGCUGAGCGCGCUGUUGCUCUCGCUGGCCGCUCGAGGCAGCCCUUCGCCGCUACAAGAGGAGCUGGUGGUGCCCCAGAAAGUGGAUUCUAUCGGGCAGCAGCAAACCGCCGGCAAUCAGUUCUACCACUUGGACGCCUUUGGCGAGCACUUCAGUUUGGAGCUGAAGCCCGACAACAGCUUUUUAGCUCCGGGUCUGACGUUCCAAUACGUUGGCAGCCGUCCCCAAGGCCGGAGGGAGGAAGAGGAGUCCCACCAAUCGCUCGGAGCGAACUUAGCCAGCUGCUUCUAUUCCGGUACAGUCAACAGGGACCCGGACUCUGCCGCAGCCCUCAGCCUCUGCGGGGGAAUCCGCGGCGCGUUCUACCUGCGCGGCUCAGAGUAUCUCAUUCAGCCGGCCAACGUCUCCCACGGCCCCGCAGAGGAGCAGCCUCAGCUCCACGUCCUGAGCCACCUUCGGCAAAGCCGUGGCCCCCGUGGCGGCGGUACUAAGUGCGAGGUGCCUGACUCCAACGAAACUUCGGCCUCAGAAGGGUGGCGGCGAGAAGAAAAGCAGCAUGCGGAGUACGCGACCCGUGCAGAAAAGAGACAUAUAAGGAAGAAAAGAUUUGUGUCAAGCCCCCGCUAUGUGGAAACUUUGCUUGUAGCCGACCAGUCUUUGGCAGAGUUCCAUGGCAAUGGACUGAAGCACUACCUUCUCACACUCCUGUCUGUGGCUAGCAGAAUGUAUAAGCAUCCCAGUAUCCGGAACCCUAUUAAUUUGGUGGUGGUGAAAAUAAUAGUCAUCUAUGAUGAGCAAAAGGGGCCUGAUGUAUCUUCAAAUGCAGCUCUCACUUUAAGGAAUUUUUGUAACUGGCAGAAGCAACAUAAUCCUCCCAGUGACCGGCAUGCGGAACAUUAUGAUACUGCAAUUCUUUUUACCAGACAGGAUCUCUGUGGUGCCAAAACAUGUGACACUCUUGGGAUGGCUGAUGUGGGAACUGCUUGUGAUCCAAACCGCAGUUGCUCUGUCAUAGAAGAUGAUGGUUUGCAAGCUGCUUUUACUACUGCUCAUGAAUUAGGCCAUGUGUUUAAUAUGCCUCAUGAUGAUGCAAAGCAGUGUGCUAGUAUUAAUGGUAUAAAUAGUGAUUCUCACAUGAUGGCAUCUAUGCUUUCCAACUUGGAUCGAAGUCAUCCUUGGUCUCCAUGCAGUGCUUACAUGAUAACUAGCUUUUUGGAUAAUGGUAAUGGCGAGUGUCUGCUGGACAAACCUCACAAGCCAAUGCCAUUCCCUUCUGAUCUACCUGGCACAAUGUAUGAUGCUAAUAGACAGUGCCAGUUCACAUUUGGGGAGGAUUCCAAACAUUGUCCUGAUUCAGCUAGCACAUGUACAACUUUGUGGUGUACUGGUACUUCUGGUGGACUGCUUGUGUGCCAAACCAAACACUUUCCUUGGGCAGAUGGUACCACUUGUGGAGAUGGAAAAUGGUGCAUGAAUAGCAAGUGUGUUCAUAAAGCAGACAAGAAGCUAUAUGAUACCCCUGUUCAUGGUGGCUGGGGCUCGUGGGAACCAUGGGGGGAGUGUUCAAGAACAUGUGGAGGAGGAGUGCAAUAUUCUGUGCGAGAGUGUGAUAGCCCAGUUCCAAAGAAUGGAGGAAAAUAUUGUGAAGGCAAGCGUGUACAGUAUAGAUCCUGUAAUAUUGAGAACUGCCCAGAGAAUAGCAAAACUUUCAGGGAGGAACAGUGUGAGGCUCAUAAUGAUAUUUCCAAAUCUUUUGGAACUGGCCUUGCAGUGGAAUGGACACCGAAGUUCGCUGGAGUCUCUCCCAAAGACAGAUGCAAGCUUGUUUGCCUUGCAAAAGGCACUGGCUAUUUUUUUGUUCUUCAGCCAAAGGUGGUAGAUGGAACUUUAUGUAGCCCAGAUUCCAAUUCAAUCUGCGUCCAAGGGCAAUGUAUAAAAGCAGGAUGUGAUCGCAUCAUAGGAUCCAGUAAGAAGUUUGAUAAAUGUGGUAUCUGUGGAGGAAAUGGAUCUACCUGCAAGAAAGUAUCUGGAAUGUUUUCUAAUGACAGACCUGGUUACCAUGAUGUUGCUGUGAUUCCUGCUGGGGCAACAAACAUAGAAGUGAAGCAACGAAAUCAUAGGGGUACACGGCAAGAUGGUAGCUUCCUUGCAAUCAGAGCUGCUGAUGGUACUUAUAUUCUCAAUGGUGACUAUACACUAUCAACAAUGGAGCAAGAUAUUACCUAUAAAGGCAGUGUUUUGAGAUAUAGUGGUUCAUCUGCUUCUCUGGAAAGAAUUCGUAGCUUCAGUCCACUGAAGGAACCAUUAACAAUACAGGUCCUUACUGUGGGUGAUUCAUUUCGAUCUAAAAUCAAAUAUACCUAUUUUAUGAAGAAAUCAAUACAGUUGGGAUCUGAGGAGCCUUUCAGUAAGAUUGAAUCUUUCAAUGCAAUCAAGGAGACAAUUUUAUCUGAAUGGAUUAUUGAAGAAUGGGGAGAAUGUUCUAAGUCAUGUGGUACUGGCUGGCAGAGGAGAUCUGUAGAGUGCAGAGACCUUAGUGGACAACCUGCCUCAGGUUGUGCAAAAGAACUCAAGCCAAGUGAUGUACGACCGUGUGCAGACACACCAUGCCCACGAUGGCAGCUGGGAGACUGGUCACCAUGUUCUAAGACAUGUGGGAAGGGUUUCAAAAAGAGAUUAUUAAACUGCAUUUCCUUUGAUGGUACCAUUUUGACAUAUGAAAGCUGUGACCUUUCAAAAAAGCCAAGACAUUUAAUAGAUUUUUGUAUUGUUACACAUUGCAGCUAAACUAUAAUAAAAAUCUAAA